AGGGGUUUUAUCAGUUCCAUUAUAUGGAGAUUUAAUUCGAGUAAGCUGGAACCGAAGUCUGGUUCUUAACUCAUAUGCGCUGACAGGUACAUACUUGGUUUUUAUCCUGCAUCCUGUUCCUCUUACUGAUCUAAAAUGGGAGGAGCGCUGGGAAAGGGGGAGUCUUCUAGAAAGGGUUGCAUGCCAGAAACAAAGCUUGAGGCCAAAAUGGUUGAAGCAAUGCAGAGAAGGGCAUCUGAAGGAACGACGAUGAAAUCAUUCAACCGCAUAAUCCUGAAAUUCCCAAAAAUUGAUGAAAGCUUAAGAAAGUGCAAGACAAUUUUUGAGCAAUUUGAUGAGGAUUCAAACGGCACAAUAGAUCCAGAAGAGCUGAAGCAUUGUUUUCAUAAACUAGAGAUCUCUUUCACUGAGGAGGAGAUCAGUGAUCUUUUUGAAGCAUGUGAUAUCAAUGAGAACAUGGGUAUGAAGUUCAACGAGUUCAUUGUUCUCCUCUGCCUCGUCUAUCUUCUCAAGGAGGAUCCAGCAGCUCUUCAUGCUAAAUCACAGAUGGGAUUGCCAGAUCUGGAGGCGACAUUUGAAACGUUAGUUGAUACAUUUGUUUUCUUGGACAAGAAUAAAGAUGGCUAUGUCAGCAAAAAUGAGAUGGUGCAGGCCAUAAAUGAAACAAAUUCAGGGGAACGCUCUUCUGGUCGAAUAGCACUGAAGAGAUUUGAGGAGAUGGACUGGGAUAAAAAUGGAAUGGUGACCUUCAAGGAGUUUCUUUUUGCUUUCACCCGUUGGGUUGGGAUCGAUGACAUUGAUGAAGAUGGAGAAGAUAGUUUAAAUUGAAAUCAGGCGAUACAUACACAAUCUUGGGGAGGCACUUCUCCUGCACUGUGUAGUGGUACUACGAGCUACUACUCCAUUAGUUAGAGU